GUCUAAGACCAAGGGUGGAAUUAACCUCCUUCACAUUGAGAGCUCUAGACUGAAGGAUAUGAAAUUGUUGCUAUAGAAAAAGAUGUCUUGGUGUUUCAAAUUCAUUACCCUCAAUACAACUAGGGUACCUCUUUCUUUGUUAUUCCAUGCUUCAUUUAUUCUCGUUCUCACCGUCUCGGGAGUUAUGUCCAUCACAGAAGCUACUAAUAACAAAAUAGCAACCAACAAUAUGAGUGCAAACAGAGAUGUUAAAGCUGAUGAAGGAUGGGCAAUGCCUACUGUUGAAAAACCAAUGAGAAUAGCAGUUCCAGGGUGGAUCUAUGCUAACCAGUUUGUAAAGGUAGAACAAUCCACCAAGAAACCAGAGGAGAAGAUAUAUAGUGGUUUUUGCAUCGAUGUAUUUGAGGAGGUGGUGAGGACUUUGAGUCCCACUUUUUAUCUACACCACAAGUUUGUGGAUGUCAACUGCAGCUACGACGAUAUGGUUAAUUUUGUUGCUAAAAAGACUUUUGACGCUGUCGUUGGUGAUAUAACAAUGCGUGCUGACCGGUGGAAGAUCGUGGACUUUAGUAUACCAUUCACUGAGGCAGGUAUGUCCCUGGUAGUUCCAGUGAAGCCCCAAGCUCCCAAUGCAUGGAUGUUUUUGACCCCUUUCACUAUGGAAUUGUGGGUAACGACUUGUGCCAUUUUGUUGUACACAAUGUUCAUUGUUUGGUUAUUGGAGCAUCGCUCCAAUCCUGAAUUUCGUGGCCCAUGGAAGGACCAGCUUGGCAAUAUUCUGUGGUUCACCUUCUCUUCACUUUUCUUUGCUCACAGGGAAAGGAUUCAGCGUAACUUUACUCGAGUGGUGGUGGUGGCGUGGCUUUUUGUGGUGUUGAUCGUAACACAAACCUACACUGCCAACCUAUCUUCAAUGCUUACCAUCUCAAGACUCGAUCCAAAUGUUGACUCGCUCAAGAAGAGCAAUGCCGUAGUUGGCUGCUUUGGCAGCGACCUUGUAAGAGAGUACUUGGUGAAUGUACUUCAUUUCAAAAAGGAGAACAUCAGAAAUGACAUUGAUACCCUAUCUCAGUACCUGGACGCUUUGAAGAAUGGCAGUAUCUCAGCGGCAUUUCUUGAAGUCCCUUAUGCAAAACUUCUUGUUAAGCGGUACUGUGAUCAACUUACCGUCACAGGACCAACAUAUAGAUUCGGAGGAUUUGCCUUUGUCUUCCAGAAAGGUUCUCCCAUAGCUACCAAUGUCUCUGCAGGCAUUCUCAGAUUAUUGGAGGAUGGCACUCUGAAACGAUUGGAAGAUGAGUACUUCGCUCCAUCACCAGAUUGUUUAAACUUCCAAACUGCCAAAAAUAGUGGUCGCUUGAGCCUCCGGCACUUCUGGGGUCUAUACAUCUUCUAUAUCGCCACUUCCACCAUCUGUUUGCUACUAUUCAUCAUUCACUCACUCCACCACCAUCAAGCAUUACAAGAAGACAACGUCACGCCAACUCGUGUAAGUGUUUGGAGAAAGAUACUUCCAUUCUCGCGAUUCUUGAAUAAUGCUAGUUCAAGAGAUCCUGACAGGGUUCCAAUCUCAAGUCAUGCGCAAAAUUAUAUUGAAAUGCGUUAAUUAAACACCUAGAUAUGUUGUUUAGCUAGAUAUUAUUAGUUUCUGACUCUGGGCCUCCAGAUCUAUUUCUAUAUUUUUGUGACAUCCAUGUUUGAAUUUUUGUUCUGUAUAUAUGUCACUUGGUGUUUGAAUCACUUUUACUUUGGAUC